AUGUCUCAAAAUAAAGAUGAUAAGCAUCAUUAUAUGAAAGAAACUAAAAGUCACUCAUAUAGAGUAGAGGCAAUUCAAAGAGAUCUCAAAAACAAAUCCAAUUCUACUAUAAAUUACUCAAAAAAUACAUAGAAAGCCAUUUCGUAGAAAAAGAUAAAUAUCAAGGAAAUUUCACUAUAAUAAAAAGGAUACUACAACAAAUAAUCAUAGAAAUCAUAACCAUAAAAAUAAGAAAGGCAAAAUCAUCACAAACAACAAUAGUAAAGAGACUAGCAAAAUCAUUUAAAAGUUACUCCAAAGAAUUAUUUUUCCAAAGAUACAAAAAUUAACCAAAAUAAUUAAUAGGAAAAGUAUAAAUCCCAAAAUCAGAGAGUCUAAAACCUUAAUAAGAAUCGAUACAAUUUAUCUAAUAAGACUUAAAUAAAGUAAAUAGAUUAAGGAAAAUAAUGGCUACAAAAAUCACUACCUUUAAAGCUAGAAUAUAAAAACCUAAAAUAUCAAAAGAAUAAGUCAUAAAUUUGUGGUAAAAAUUCUUAAGCUAAAAAAACUACUAACUUUUUGUUAAUUAAAAAAAAGAAAUAGACUCAAGAAUAAUCUUUGAUGACACCUGUAAAAUAAAAAUAACACAUUUAAAGGGACAGUUAUGCCAAAUAAUAAACUAAUAAAUAACCUAAUAAUAUCAAUAAUUAAAAUGAAAAAUCUACAUAAAAGAAAUAAAAGUAAGUCUACAUAUAAAAAUAUAUUUAGGAGAAUCGACCAAUUCAUUAGAACAAAGAAGAGUAAAAUGAAAUGUUAAUAAUAGAAUAGUCAAAUUAAUAAUCCUCAAAUGCAAAAUUAUAGAAUAAACAAUUAAAAGCAGAAUAAGGAAAUUAAUAGCUAAAUAAAAUAGGACUGUUAAAUAAAUCACCAUUAAAUGCAUAAAAAAAUAAAUCACCAAUAAAUGCAUAAUCGAAUAAAUCACCAUUAAAUGCAUAAUCUAAUAAAUCACCAUUAAAUUCAUAAUCAAAUAAAUCACCAUUAAAUGCUUAAUCGAAUAAAUAACCAAUGAAUUCAUAAUCGAAUAAAUCACCAUUAGAUGCAUAAAAAAAUAAAUCACCAUUAAAUGCAUAAUCUAAGAAAUCACCAUUAAACUCAUAAUCUCCAUUCAAUGCAUAAUCUAAUAAACAACCAAUAAAUGCAUAUACAAAUACAUAACCAAAGAAUAAAGAUGAAGCAGAUUAACAAAAAAUAAAAGUAGAAUAACGAAAUUUAUAACCAAUAACAAAUGAAUAAUCAACUUAAUAACCCAUAUAAGCAGAGUAAUAAGAUGAUUAAUUUCUAGAUAUAGAGUAGAUAAAUAAAUAAGCAUUAAAUACCGAGAAGCAAAAUAUGCAAUCACUAAAUGUAGAAUUGAAUAAAUCAUUAUAAGCAAUUAAAAUUGUUUUCGAUUAGAAAAGACUAGAAAAAAGUGUGGAAAUAUGUAAAUUAUUAAUUUAAAUGUCAUCUGGGCAAAGGACUGUAGAACAAAAUUACAGCUACUAUCUCUAAUAAUAUGAAGAUAUAUAAGGAUUAUUUUCUCAUUAUUCUAUAAAACAUUUGGAGGUUAAAACCAAUCUAAAAAAAUAUUGUCAGAAAAUAUUAUAUGUGCGUGGAGAUGGAAAUUGUUUUUAUACUGCGUUUGGCUAUUAAUUUUUGCGUUUGGUAUUGAUAAGUUAUAAUGAUACUUAAUUUAAUGAAUUUUUAAAUUUUGCAAUAUAAAUUAAAUUUAAGAUUUAUUACAAAGACUUUAAGAUAGCUGAUGAUAAAAUAGAAUAACUAUUAAAUGAAGAAUUCCUUUAUAAACUCUAAGAAAUUAGGAAUAUCGAAAAUUAGCAAGAUAGAAUAGACUUACUGUAUAAAAUAUAUAGAGAAUUUGAUAUUUCAGAUGAUGGAAAUGGUUGUUUUUAUUUUUUAUCUACUCUAUUUUUUAGAAACCUUAGUAAUUAACUUUAAGAACAUAGUGAAAUGAAAGCGUAUGUUGAAGAUAGGGAAAAUCUACUCAAAUGGGAGACUGAGUGUAAUAAUAAUGAAAUUGUCGUUGCAACUCUAGCUCAACAAUUAAAAAUAAAUAUCAAAUUAUUAUUUUUUAAUGAGGGAUAAUUUGUAUUCAGAGAAUAUGAGUAACAUGAAAAAGACGAAAUGAUAUUACUAAUUUAGCCAGGCCAUUACAAUAUAGGAUUAAAAAAUUGA